AUGAUGCAUCACCCUCCCUCUCAAUUCGGGUCAAAGAACACCGCUGAACCAGACCCCUCUCACUAUCCACCUCAACAUCAGAACCAAAUUCAAAAUCACCCGGAUUCAUACGACAGUUACGAGGAGCCCAACACAUUUUCAUCAAAAGGAAAUGUGGCGGCGCUGAGAAAUGUGAUACAUGGACAGUUGGAUAUGAAGACGCCAACGGGGAACAGCUCACGGUAUCAGAAACCUGCACCGCCGCCAGUUGACCCCACACCAUCCUGGGCGAAAAAUGUGAAAGUGUACGAACCGAAUGGGUAUGUGGACCCGCAUCAGAAUAAACAUAAUAUGGGAAGAGUAUUGGAUGGACCAGUCAAUCCGAGCAAGUUUUUUCAAGGGGUGCCACCUCCCAGCUACAGUUUAGUCAAGUCGGGACCCGACUCGAAACCACCUGCACCACCAUCAAAACCGAUCCAACAAACUCCAGCACAGGCUCUACAAGCUCAAGUUCUCCAAAAUGAGAACCCCAACUACUCCUCAUCAAAACCACCAUCCGACCCAUAUCGUCCUCCCUCCCAGAAGACAUCCUACAGAAUACCGUAUGAUCUUGCAAUGGAUCCCCGUCACCAUACCGGAGAGUUCGAUAUUGAUGAUUCUGCAUCAAUCAUCUCCUCGUCGUGCACUUUUGGAGAGUCUUCUGAAAUCGCUGCGUUCUCUGCAGCAGCCGAGCAAAGACACCUUUAUGAGCAAUAUAGAAAGAAGUUGAUGGAGGAGAAGAAUGAGUUGAAGGAGGGAAGUGAGACACCGUGUGUUUCGUUGUCAGAGAAGAUUCCAGAAAACACAGGGAAUCCUGAAAUUCCAGUUUCUCGUUCUCUGUUUGAUACGGAGUUGACACCAUUUGGACAUGUAGCUAAACCAGCACAUAGACCCGAAGACUUGCCCAAGACAAGUGUUCCCAUCAAUCAGUCAACUAACAACCCAUUCGCCACUCCCUCCCCGAACCCAUUCAACUACUCUCCCUCCGAACGAGAACUCAAACGAUCAGUCGACUUGGAAAGCUCUCAACUCCUUGUCAAACCGAAAUCACCCGCACCUUACUCAACGUCUUCAAGUGAUCACUUUGGAACAAUUCGAAGGAAACACAAACCGGUGGCUAUUGAUUUAUCGGAGAUUCCGAAGUCAUCUCCGAAAGAUAAAUCACCACAUUUCUUUGGGAAUAAUUUUGAGGAGAAAUCGAAUAACAGAUCACCAAGGACACCGUCGUAUAAGGAUUUGAGUGGAAAGAAUGAGAGUCUAAACGAGUCACUGAACCAAGCCUUCGAGAUCGCCUCAUCCAUCGAGUCAACCAAGAAUAACUAUGAAGCUCCGCCCACACCAAAGAGUAUUUCCAAUGACCGCUCGAUUUCGGACACAUAUCCAGUGUCUUCUCAACAACACCACCGCCCGUCUCCUGCUAACCCCCAACUACCUAUCGAGUCCCCACCAACUACUACUAACCAAAAGGAGCAGGAGCCGAUGAGCACCUCGAUGAGCUCGAUAAUGAGCACUUCGGUGCCUAAUAUGGAUGAGUCUAUUGUUUAUUCGCAGAAACAAAGCAGCCCCGAUUCUUCACCGGAAAGAAAUGAAGACAUGUCACAAUGGUAUCGCAAAAUGUUCAAACAAAUGCAUAAGAAGGGAGACGAGCACGAGAGAUUUGAUAACAACAAUCGGACAAUCGAUACAAAUUUGGGAAGAAGUCAGGAGAACUUACAUUCGUCACCGAAACCAAAGGAUACACAGUUUUUUGAGCAUUUUGAGCAUGGCGUCCCAUCCUCCUCUACUGCUACCACUACCAUUCCCAAACGAUACAUUCCCCGUCCUCCACAUUUCCACCUUCCAACAUAUCGAUUCAAAGACGAAGACUCUCGUCCGAUCCGUUGCUCAUUUAACAAUUGUCUCAUGAAAACUAACAAGUAUGGAACGCCGUGCAUGAUGUGUGAUCGACCGAAGAAAGAUGUCGAAUUCAAGGAUGUCGAUGUGAUUUACGAGAAUAUGAAGAGGAUGAAGAGCAAUCAGAGACAGAGAUCUCAGAAUAGUUUGGGACCAAGUGAACCACAAAACUACGGACAAGAUCGAGUGAAACAAACGAAUGAAGACGAAUUGUUGAGGUUGAAAGCAGAGAAAUUGGCUGAAGAAUUGAAAAAAGAAAAGGAGAGGAAACACGGUUUUGUACCAUCGGCUGCUCCAUCCCUUCAAAACAAUAUGGAUCGUUUGAAUAGUCUUCUUUAUGACUUCUCGAAUGACACUCCAGAACAGAAUUAUGCACCACAAGCAGUGAUUACAGCAACUGCUGUUUAUAAAUUUGAACCCAGAAGUUCCAGAGAACUGCCCCUAAACCGUGGAGACAUCGUGCGAAUCAUUCGAGAUGUGGAUGCAUAUUGGAUGGAAGGAGAGAGAAAUGGAAGAUGUGGAAUAUUCCCGAACACUUAUGUUCAAAUUAAUUCAACGAUUCAAUCAGAUACUCAAAAGAUGAGAGCAAUUUAUCCAUUCACGGCGAGAAGUGACACUGAGCUCAGUUUGAAGAGGGGAGAAAUCGUUACCCGCCGCCGCCAAAUCGACUCCAACUGGCUAGAAGGAACUAAUCAAAUCGGAAUCGUCGGUAUCUUCCCAUCCUCCUACGUCGAACCUCUUGAACCCAUUCAAGUACCCGAAGUGAUACCUACUACAGCAGUGUUCCCAAAUAGACCGAAAACUCCAAAAAUGGAAGAUCAAGUGUAUAAUCAAAUGUACAGUAAGCCGAUGGAUCAACCACAACAACAACAGUACCAUCAACCAGUGGCUACUGUAGUGCCAAAUAAUAAAGUGAGGUUUGAUCUACCGUCUGGAUCGGAUUCCAACUCGCAAUUAUCUCUCAACCCACAUCCAAUUCAUAAUCAGAACCAACAACCGAGUUACGGAAUGAAAAAGAUCGAAUACGAAAGAGAGUCGAAGGUGGAAGAAGAGCCGGAUCAGUACAGAAAACUGAACGACGAGCCGAAAGUAGCGGCGACGACGAAAAAAGAUACGAAUAUCCUGAUGAAUGCAGCUUCUUUGAUCCCGAAAGGGUCCGAAAUGUACCGAGCCAUCUACCCGUAUCAACCACAAAAGGACGAUGAGCUUCAGUUAUUCACGAACGAUAUAAUAUUUGUAGUGGAGAAAUGUGAUGAUGGAUGGUACAUUGGUACAUCGCUACGAACCGGAGACUUUGGAAUAUUCCCUGGUAAUUAUGUGAAACGCCAUUGA